AUGUCUGUCGUCUAUAAAUCCCAACAUGGUAGCUUGAGCGUUUGUGUUAUUCGUUUCAUGUGCUUCAAUGGAUGGUCCAGUUCAAGCUUCGUGCAGCUCGACAAUGUGCUUCAGCCAGGGGACAAGUCCUCUGCUUUUGAAGGUACUAGCAGUAUCAGCGUUUGUUAUUUGUAUUCCCAAUCUCCAGGCAUGACCUCUAGAAGUCUGAAAUGUGCUGCGAGUUAUAUGUAUUCAGCUGAUCUGUUCGCGGAUUCUGAUGCUUCUUCAGUUGCUAUUCCCACUUUUGUUGUUGCUGAUUCGUUCACAAUCUUCACCAUCUUCUUUGCUGAUUUGUUCGCAAGAAAUUUGUCAUCUUUUGCUGAUCCGUUCGCUAAAGAUUCUGCUGAUUUGUUCGCAGUUCUAAUUUGUCAAGAUAUUGCUGAUGUGUUCGCAAUGCUUGGUCAAAAUGUUGCUGAUUCGUUCGCAUUGCUCCGUGCUUUCUUUGCUGAUUCGUUCGCACCUAUUUUCGUCAAUUUUGCUGAUUCGUUUAUGGCAAUUACUGCCAAGUCGUUCUUAUGUUGCUUUACUCAUUACUCAGUGUCCGAAAAAUUUGUCAAGACAUUUGUGCCUUUUACUGUAUCUACACUCCGUCCAGUAACUGUGGAAAACAGUCUCUCCCUAGCUGAUGUGUUUGCUAAGGAAUUGGAAAAAACU